UCGUACGGAAACGGGGGAACGAGAGCGCGGGCAUGCCGGAAAUUUACCCUGGGCGGGGCGUCGCCACCUCCUCCUCGGACACGCGUGCCGCGGGGUAUGCUGGGAAAGAAAACAACGGGCGUUUCGUGACGUGUUUCCGCUGGGGGGCCGGCGCGCGGGAGGUUUGAGCGCGGGACCCGACGGUGCUCGCGGCACAAAUAAGCUUGCGGUGGCAAAGCCCCUAGUGCCUUGUGGCGUAAUUCCACUGGGCAAGUACCUACCACGAAGAUCCUUCAUUCCACACUACGUACUUUUGCCAUUGCCUAAGAACUAGAUGUGACAAUGGAAGAGGCAACAGCUUACCUGAGAGAUGGGGUCCUAUCCCAUCUGGAAAAGCUGGAAGCUCAUGCACGGAAACUAGCACUGAAGCAAGAAGAAACUCAACGGCAGCAGGAGAAUUUGGUCAGGCUGAGAGCAAGAAUCCAGGAGCUGAGACUCCAAAGAGAUGAACUCCAGACCAAAGUGAACCUGCAGCAAGUUGGGCUCAUCAGGCAGGAAGGAGCCACCAGCAGUAAUGUGGAGUCCGUCCAAGGAGUGGAGACUGGAGGGCAAGCUCUUCUAAAAUGGAAAGUGGAAAAUGUCAAGGCCAUGCUGCAAGCCUUUCAUCUGACAGGGAUUAGUGGGAAAUUGACCAAACAAGGAGUCUGUUUCUGCAUCAGCACUGCUUAUGAAGGCACCUACCUGGACUCCUACUAUCUGGACCUCCUCAUACAGCAACCAGUCCAGAUUCGUCACCACUCUGUCCCCAUCUUCAUCCCCUUGGAGCAAAUAGCCAAGAAGUACUUGCAGACCGACAUCAAAUGUUUCCUGGCUAUGUUGUUUGAUCACCUGAAUGCUUAUGCUGGAAGGAAAUACCAGGCAGAUCAGUUACAGGACCAUUUUUCAGCCUUUCUCGAAGGAACCCUGCAGAGAAACUCCUUGCAUAAUGUAUUAUUCUUUAAUUAUGAUGUGGAAACAGAAAGCAAGACUUUUCCAUUCAGAGCAAAGCUGGUUUACGGCAAUCUCACCCGUAGUCUUCCAACUGAGGCCAUUAUUACAUGUAAAGCAGGGGAUGUUUCUGCCUCUCUGGUGGAGAAGACAGCAGCUCAUUCAAACUUGUUCCGCCACACGGCUCUGCACAAAGCCUUCGAUUCCUUCAAAAGAGCAGCAGAAAGUCUGGAUCAAACGGCGUAAGCAGACAACGCCCAGAUCAAAUGCACUUACGGUGCCUUCUGAUCGCUACAAAACUCCCUGGGAGGUUGCUACUGUGUAAAUGCUUUUUAGACUGGACUGCAGCAGAGUUUCAGGAAAAUGUCUGAGGAAUAGCUAAACCAGUUCAUAGUACUGAGAACACUGUCUUCUUGAGCAGCCCUUAGAUGCCUGGUCUCUGCAUAUCCUUCUAGAGCCCCUCUCCUCUGGCAAAUUGCUAACGGGUUGCUGACAGAUUAACAACGUAGUUGCUAUCAUAGCUCCAUAAUACUUUACCAGACCGGACAGCACACGGACACAGGAGAUCCAUCUCCCCAUUGGAAUGGGAAACCAGAGACUUUCAGAGUUGUCAGGUAAACUUCACAAAAGUGUAACAAAACUUAGCCCUAGUGAAAGCUGUCAGGGAAGCACCCCUGCAAUCUUCCCUGUAUCCCUCCAGCUGGUAUCAAAUGGUGUAGAGUAGGUGUAAGCUUCCUCUAGGUUGCUUUGCAAAUGGCAUGUUUAGUUCUAGACCUCAUGCUGAGCUUAUUAAUGAAGGCUCCAGUUCUGCAACUGGAUUCAUGCAGGACAACCUCCAUGACUUUCGUAGCACUCUGUACAGGUGCAAUGUUCCUACUGCAUAGGUCAGGGCCUAUGUUAGCCGUUAGUGUCGACUGUGGUAGUGGAUUUUGUGACGAGAGCUCUUACCCUCUGUGAGGUAGACUAUGGGCUUGACUACACUGUGCAUUGGUACGCACUAGAGUAAACUUUAGUGCGCACAAGAAUUUACACCCCUCUGGUGUGGAUUAAACCACUGUAGACAAGCCUGAAGAUCCUCCAAGGAGGCCAUUGAACCAUCAUCCUGUAAGAAGGUUUGGUUACUUCCAACAUCAACUAAAUUUAAAUCAAGCACACACUUUGGUGUUAAUAUAACUGUCGUUAAAUCACCAAUGCAUUAAUAAUUAAAAAAAACUCUUCAGAAAAAAAUUAAAACUGACAACAGCUGUGAAAACCUGACUUUUCCCUGCAUUCCCAUAUUGAGCUACUUUCUUUGUGUCCUGGCUUAGAUGAGAUUGUUGGCUUCCUUUUUCAAAUUCAUUAUUAAUGGCACUUUCACUUUUUAACUUGUUACUAAAUAUGUCUCCUGAUUAAAACUGCAAUAAUCUUAAAAAUCUAA